AACUUUACGGUGAAACCAAACCGAUUUGUUUAAACAAACUACCAAACUCAAGAUCUAUACAUGUACGGAUGCACACACAUGUAUGCUACUGUCAUCAUAUCAUAUCAUCUCUUCCUUUAGAUUCUCAUAAUUUCAAUCAACCUCGAUGAUUUCAAACUGAAUUCAUCACCAAUUUGUUCAACUCUUCCAACACUUCGAUCCACAAAAGAUGAUCGGCGAUAAAGGCGAAUCACCUUCUCGGUAUGAAUUGUUGAGUAUGGUGAAGAAACAUUCAAAUUUGAUUGGGAAAACUGUGUUAGAUGAGCAAGAUGCAUCAGACGUUGAAUUGGAUCAGAAGUUUUGGCAUGAUAUUUUGGAUUUGUAUUUCAUUGGUGGGAGGGAUGCAAAGGCGCAACAGGAUGACGAUCUCUUGUUCUUUGUUAAAAAAAUGAGCUUGCACGGUUAUGGCUUCAAUGACAAUCUUGAAGGUGACUCUCCGUACUUUGUACGCAGGUGGGCUACCAAGUUGGAUGAAUUAGUUGGAGAGAGCUCGGUGAUUGUGGAUUGGAGGCGUUCAUUGUACUUGAACUUAAUUGCUCACACUUCAUAUAGUGUAACAGUGGCAAUCUGCAGUUAUCGGACUCUUCAGAAUCAUCAGAAUAACCAAGGAACACCACUAUCUCCUGUAUACAAGGUUGUGAAAACGGUGUAUGCAUCUCCAACCCGUGUUAAUUUUCACGUGGACUCCAGAAAGGAAGUUGAGACAAAACCUGCGUAUCCAGAUAUCUGUUUUGCCGUUGAUGACUUUGAUUCUACCUUUGACGCUGUGGUUUUGACAGAUACAGACCAUUGCUUCUGUGUACUUCUAAAUGCAGUGGGCGGGGCAGCAUUUCCCAGUGAAAACCGACAUCAAGAUAAUGUGGAUGCUGGACAAACUAAUAAAACUAAGCUUACUCUGUUCUCCGGAUUUGUCAGCUACCAAAUGGUUCGUGAUGCCUAUGAUGCCGGAAAGUCUGGAUUUGGAAGCCUAUUGCCGUUUGGUCAUUCAUCACGCAAAACAGACAGAAUAUACAUGAAAGGCCCCGGAGGUCGUGGGGAAGUUGAAGUUGCGGUUUCUGGGGUUGCAGAUCAGAGCCUAGAUGAAUCGGGCCCUCACUCACCCCUACAUACAUCACAAGGAGGAUUAAAGAUUGGGGCAAUGGUUAGGAAAGCUGCAUCGGUCGCACAGGUGGCAGCAAAAAACGCGUAUGCGGCUGCUUCAUCCACACGAAAUUCAGAUGGAGGGAUGGUCAUGGUCCCUCUCAAGUGCUGCCUCAUGUCCAUAUCACUACCUUGGGAACAUAUUGCUUAUGAUCUUCUUUUUAAGGGAGGUUCGCCAGUGAACUUGUAGGAUCUAUCAUUGAAAGAGGAGGUAAGAUAUCAUCGUCUUUUCACUUUCUUGUCGGCGAUAUUGAAAAAAAGAAAGUACAGGACUCCUUGACCAAUACGUACUUGGAAUUUGUAUAUAGAUCGUAAUCGUGUUGGGCAGAACGUAACGAAAAUGUUUAAUCUUUUCAAACAUUGUCAGUUUCCCAGAUAUUCAAAUUGAAUUAGCUGUUAAACAAAGUACUGGUUUCAUAUUUGUAACUAAAACAGUUUCAGCCUA